UGAUUGUCAAACUGCAUUUACUGGUGGUAGGGUGUAGUUAUAGCUGCCGCGAAGUACACAUGCGUUCCAGCCUGAAGGGCAAGAAGUCGUACAAAAAGAUAAAAAAACAAUUGAGUCUUCGACUGCAUGUGUAAAAGCGGGUUUUUUUAUUGCUUAAAUGGGCGGACGACCUUAUGGCUCACCUGAUAUUCAGUGGUUAUCAGAACCAUGAACGUCUAGAAUAUAAAUGCCGUCACCCACCUUGAGACCUCUCAGUUUUUAUACUACAACGGCUGCUCCCCUUCAAACCAAAACGCAUUACUGCUUUAUGGCAGAAAUAGGCAGGAUGAUGGUACCAAUCCCUGCGGACUGAUAAGACGUCUUACCACGCCAGUAAUUACGCAAAUUAUAAUUUUGUGGAUUUGAUUUUUAUUACACGAUGCUAUUCCUUCAACGUGCAAGUCAUUUGUGAUCAUAUGUUAAGCGCGUAUUUCAUUACAAAAAUUAGUACCUGUCUACGGGAUUCGAACACCAGCACAGUUGCAUCGCUUGAUACGUUGCACCGCGCGUCUUAUCAUUCAGGCUACGAUAACCUCACACGUACGACGGGUUGCGGUAUUAACAUUGUGGGCUCCGGGAACUAGUUUACAUCAGUGGGUCGUAGGCUCGUUCACCUAUUUAAGCAAUAAAAAAAAUGUACUUAGAUGGUAAGCGCAAGUAAAUACACCACAAUAAGUAUUCACGUUGUUACAUAAUUAAUUAAAAAAAUGGUACCUACUCAAACUUUCAAUGGUAAAUUUAAAAUAUUUUUUUUUUCGAUAAUUAUUUUUAUACGCAUAAUUAUUAAAGUCUAGGAUUUUCGUCAGCUUUCGCGGCCAUAUACACAAUCAAAACCACUUUAACAGUUUAUUCUAGCGUUUUUUUUUUAAUUAUUUCCGACGUUUCGUUAACUUUCGCCCCUUUUUUGUCAACAUUUAAAUAUUGUGCACGCUAAAUAAAAUAAUAAAAUGAUGGCAAUUAGCACAUAGAUGGUGGAUAGCACAGAUCUUACCGAUCAUACCGCACUCGUGGCACAGAGGUAUCAUACGUAUCUCACAGUCGAAAGGCCAGCUGAACCGUAUGUAUGUAUAACAUAGUAGGCAUAGUAUGCAGUAACAUAUUACUGCCGUAACGAAGUUCUCGUUGGCUCUUCUGGUGUUAAGCGGCUACACCAAAUCAAUAGCCAGCAAAACUGAGCUGAGAACUUGAGCCCUGGUCACGAAGUACGUCCAAAUUCUUGGUUGGCAGUCAUUUAAAGAUUUAUUAACGUCGUAAACAUCAAGGCCAAUCAUUGCAUUUAAAAUGUGUGCGCAUCCAUUGGCUUAUGACGAGGAUAAAAAAAAAUUAAUAACAUCUCCGAUCCACUCCACUCGUUUCGAAUCGAAAACCUUUUUUUUUAUUUGAGGCCGGCUCAAAAUCAAAACGACAUAAUUCAUUUAUGCAUUGAAAAAAAAAACAUUCAAGAAUAUUUUUUUCCACCGACACAUAGUCUUGAAUGACGAAAUAUAAUGUGGAUAAUAUUAUGUUGUAGUUUGUAGGCGUGCACUGUCGCGGGAGCGGGAGAGUAGCAUAGCAGCCGGCCAGCGCUGAGCCCGGUCUAUUUCUAAAUCGAGACAGUCACUCGCAGCGCCUUUCCGCGUACCAUCUCCCCGCUAUAUAUAAACCAAAAAAGAAUACAUUACAAAGUACAAAAAAACUAACAACAAUUUUUUUUAAUAAAUAUUCAACUAAUUAAGUACGCGGUACAUAAGAUGUCUAAACACUAAAUGUAAGCUCCUGAACGAAUUCGCAAUGUGAUCAAAAGACAUCGAACAAAGUUUGUGAAAAUUAUAAGUUUGAAAUAUUAGAAAAGAUGUGGUAUCAAGAGGUAGAAGACGAAGAUGAGGACCUUAUGUGUUCGCCGGCGAUCCUCGCCCGACGUGCCUCCGAAAGCUGGAUAAAUGUACCUCCAGUUGAGAUGCUGAGCACGCCGCAGACGCUUCAACGCAAGAAGUCUCUCCCCGAUGUAGCGAGUAUGCCGCGGGCGGCGGAGACCGGUAUGUCCCGCGAAGAGGUAUCGGCGCUAGGAUCCGCGCGACGCGAGGAAGUGCGCCGCAUGCACGAGGAAUCGGAAAAACUGAGGGCCAAUCCUCUACUCUACUUGGUCAGUCCGCAAGUCAAGGACUGGUUCUCCCGACAGCAACUGGUUAUCCUUGUACUGUUUAUCAAUAUCUCUCUGGGCAUCAUGUUCUUCAAGCUGCUCACGUAGCGUCGGCGGGUGGCGCCCUAGGGCGCCUGGUCAAUUUCUUCACAAAUCACUUCUGCCCUUCAGGGUAAAAAACCGUAAAUUAAUUAUUGUAAAUAAUUGUUAUUGUAAAACAAUUUUUCCAAUCCGUUACUGUUACACAACAUGUAAUAUCUUAAUAUAAUUAUGUAAUGUGAACAAAAUUAUUAAAAGAAUCCUUUUUUUCAUCUAGGACUUAUUUUGUUUACCAGUGACUUUUGUUUACCGUUGUGUAAGUGUGUUUUGAAUUGAAUAAAAGUAGUGUUACACUCCUAUCCUGCAAGGUAUCGGCAAUAUGCAGAUUUAUGAGAGAGUGCAUGGAACAAUAAUGUGCCCCAGGACGAAACUACGGAUUUGUGAGAGUUACGUGGACCUACAAAUUGUAGGUUAAAAUUAUCGUUAAUUUCAUUGUGUACAUUUGAAUUACUGAAACCCUGUAGAAAGUAUUUUAACAUUUUUAUCCUGAACUGCUAUUUGUUAAUUUUUUAUUUAAGAGAAAUCAAAUUAAUUAUGUUGCUCUAUUUAUCGUUGCCUUCGACAAAACCCUUUACGUUAGGUACUUAUAUCAAUUUUGUUUUCAUUUUGUUGUUUAGUUCAAUUUCAUGUUAUCCAAUUUGUAAAACGUUAAAGUGUCUUUGGAAAAUACAAUUUAAGUUGAGAAAGCAAAGACAAAAUCAGAUACAAGUAAGCAACAAGGAUUCUAAAAUUGUUUUAGAGUCUUGUUCCAAGUGGUGUUUCAUACGUUGUUAACUGUAGCAUAUUUGAAAAUUAAGUUUUAUAUUACGGUAAGUGAUGGAAGUGAGCACAAACUCAUGAUAUUUAAUGAAUGAUACGCAUAACAUAUUCAAUGAUUCUUGUAAAUUCAACAAACAAAAUAUUCAAUUAUUUCAUUUUGUAAAGUAGUAAAUUAAAUUUACGUAACUACAAGUAAAACUCUAUAUAAUAUUAUAUUGCUUGCAAGAUGCAAAUUAAGCAUGUGCAUUAUUUUCCUAUUCUAGAAAAUAUAUAGUACCAAGUUUUUAUACAAAGUUUCUAUUAUUUUUUACCUCAGAAGUCAAUUUUCGCGAAAUUAAUAUAUGUACAUAUAUAUAAAAAUAUGUUGUUAUUUAAUAUUGAAUUAUAUAUAUAUUAUCUAUUUAAUCGAAUUUGGCAUGGCAAGCGUGCGAAUGAGACUGUUGAUACGUAAUUUUGUUAUACGUAUAUUCUGAAACAGAAGUUACCAAAACGUAAUUGUUGAAAGUUUAACAUUUGAAUAUUAAUGUUUACCAAAACAAACGUCACAGUUUCAUUACCAUGUAAAAAUGUAAGUUUUAUGUGUAAGGAUUUCAUUACUUGUAUCAAUUUUAUCUACGUUUCACAAAUAAAAUAUUUUAACAAAA